AUGCGGAGCCGGGGCUGUGCUGCGCUCUGGGUGCUGCUGCUGGCGCAGGUGGGUGUGCAGGCACCUGCGUGCGCCCUGGGACCCGCAGCAGCAACGCCUGGGAACCCGAGCGUCCCGCACCCUCCUCCUCCCUCGGAGCCCCGGGGCUGGGCGGAAGAGGGCGAGUAUGAGCUGGUGUCUGCCUAUGAGGUGGACCACACGGGAGACUAUGUGUCUCAUGAGGUCACGCACGGCCAGCGGCGGCGGAGGGCGGUGGCUCCGGGAGGUGGCGACUCUCUGCACCUUCGGCUGAAAGGCUUUGGGCACGAUUUCCACUUGGACUUGAGGGCGUCCAGCAAUCUGGUGGCUCCUGGAUUUAUCGUGCAGACGUUCGGGAAGGGAGGCACCAAGUCAGUGCAGAGCUUCUCACCUGAAGACUUCUGCUUCUAUCAAGGCUCCUUACGCUCCCACAGGAAUUCCUCCGUGGCCCUGUCCACCUGCCACGGUUUGGCAGGCAUGAUCAGGACAGAAGAAGCCGAUUACUUCCUGAAGCCUCUGCCUCCACACCUGGCGGGCCCAGCCAGCGCCUCUGCAGGGGGCCACCCGCCCUCCCACGUGCUGUACAAAAGAUCCCUGCCCGCAGCGCCCAGGGCCGGCCACGUGCUGAUGGCCACUGGGAGGUGGAAGCCACCCAGCUUUCCCCUGGGGCUCCCUCAAAAGCAGCAUUUCUGUGGAAGACGCAAGAAAUACAUGCCCCAGCCUCCCAAAGAUGACCUGUUCAUCCUGCCUGAUGAAUAUAACUCUGGCUUCCGGCACAAGCGCUCUCUGCUGAAGUCCCAUAGAAAUGAAGAGCUGAACGUGGAGACGUUGGUGGUGGUUGACAAAACGAUGAUGCAAAACCAUGGCCACGAAAAUAUCACCACCUACGUGCUGACAGUGCUCAACAUGGUGUCGGCUUUAUUCAAGGAUGGUACAAUAGGAGGAAACAUCAACAUUGCAAUUGUAGGUCUGAUUCUCCUAGAGGAUGAACAGCCAGGACUGGUGAUAAGUCAUCAUGCCGACCGCACCUUGAGCAGCUUCUGCCAGUGGCAGUCUGGAUUGAUGGGGAGAGACGGGACCCGCCACGACCAUGCCAUCCUGCUGACUGGCUUGGACAUAUGUUCCUGGAAGAACGAGCCCUGCGACACUUUGGGAUUCGCACCCAUAAGUGGAAUGUGUAGUAAAUAUCGCAGCUGUACCAUCAAUGAAGAUACAGGUCUUGGACUGGCUUUCACCAUCGCCCACGAGUCUGGACACAACUUUGGCAUGGUCCAUGAUGGAGAAGGGAACGUGUGCAAAAAGUCUGAGGGCAACAUCAUGUCCCCUACAUUGGCAGGACGCAACGGGGUCUUCUCCUGGUCACCCUGCAGCCGCCAGUACCUGCACAAAUUUUUAAGCACGGCUCAAGCUGUGUGUCUUGCUGACCAGCCAAAGCCCGUGAAGGAAUACAAGUACCCUGAGAAGCUGCCGGGGGAGUUAUACGAUGCAAACACGCAGUGCAAGUGGCAGUUCGGAGAGAAAGCCAAGCUCUGCAUGCUGGAUUUUAAAAAGGACAUCUGUAAGGCCCUGUGGUGCCAUCAGAUUGGCAGGAAAUGUGAGACCAAAUUCAUGCCGGCUGCCGAGGGCACUGUGUGUGGGCACGACAUGUGGUGCCGCGGAGGACAGUGUGUGAAGUACGGUGAUGAAGGCCCCAAGCCCACGCAUGGCAAAUGGUCCCCCUGGUCCCCUUGGUCCCCUUGCUCCAGGACCUGCGGAGGAGGGGUGUCCCACAGAGAGCGCCUCUGCACCAAUCCCAGACCGUCGCAUGGGGGGAAGUUUUGCGAGGGCUCCUCUCGCACGCUGAAGCUCUGCACCAGCCAGCAGUGCCCGCAGGGCAGCAUGGACUUCCGCGCCGCCCAGUGUGCCCAGUACAACAGCAAGCGCUUCCGCGGCUGGCACUACAAGUGGAAGCCUUACACGCAAGUCGAAGAUCAGGACUUAUGCAAACUCUACUGUAUCGCAGAAGGAUUUGAUUUCUUCUUUUCUUUGUCAAAUAAAGUCAAAGAUGGGACUCCAUGCUCGGAGGAUAGCCGUAAUGUUUGUAUAGAUGGGAUGUGUGAGAGGGUUGGGUGUGACAACAUCCUGGGGUCAGAUGCUGUGGAAGACUUGUGCGGGGUGUGCAAGGGAAAUAACUCAGACUGCAUGACUCGCAGCGGCCUCCACGCCGCGCACCACCACACCAACCAAUAUUACCACGUGGUCACGAUACCUUCUGGAGCCCGGAGCAUUCGUGUCUAUGAAGUGAACAUAUCUACCUCCUACAUUUCUGUGCGCAAUGACCUCAGGCAGUACUAUCUGAACGGACACUGGACCGUGGACUGGCCCGGCCGAUACAAGUUUUCAGGCACCACCUUCGACUAUCGGCGGCCCUAUAAUGAGCCCGAGAGCUUAACCUCUGUUGGACCAACAAACGAAACACUGAUUGUGGAGCUCCUGUUUCAGGGAAGGAACCCGGGUGUUGCCUGGGAAUAUUCCGUGCCUCACCGGGGGACUGAGAAGAAGCCGGCUGCCCCGCCCAGCUACACGUGGGCCGUUGUGCGCUCUGAGUGCUCCGCCACCUGUGGAGGGGGCCAGAUGACCACAAGGGGAGGCUGCUACCGAGACCUGCGAGUCCAGGUGAAUGCGUCCUUCUGCAACCCCCAGACUCGACCUGCCACAGGGCUGGUGUCCUGCCAAGUCUCUGCCUGCCCUCCCAGCUGGUCCAUGGGAAACUGGAGCGCCUGCAGCCACACCUGCGGAGGGGGCACUCAGAGCCGGCUGGUGCAGUGCACCCGGCGUGCACACUACAGCACAGAGCCCGUCGGCACUGCCCUCUGUCCCCAGCCUGUGCCCCCCAGCCGGCAAGCUUGCAACUCCCAGAGCUGCCCGCCUGCGUGGAGCACCGGGCCCUGGGCAGAGUGCUCACGGACGUGCGGGAAGGGCUGGCGGAAGAGGACCGUGGCCUGCAAGAGCACGAACCCUGCGGCCCGCGCGCAGCUGCUGCCCGACGCCGUCUGCAGUGCGCAGCCCAAGCCCAGGCCUCGGGGCGCCUGCCUGCUCCAGCGAUGCCACAAGCCCAGCAAGCUGCAGUGGCUGGUGUCGGCCUGGUCCCAGUGCUCUAUGACGUGCGAGAGAGGGACCCAGAAAAGGUUCCUCCGUUGUGCUGAGAAGUACGUUUCCGGCAAGUACCGGGAGCUGGCUUCCAAGAAGUGCCUGCACCUGCCGCGGCCCCAGCUGCAGCUGGAGCGCACCUGCGCCCUGCUGCCCUGCCCCAGGCACCCCCUCUAUGCUGCCGCCGGCCCCCCGAGGGGCAGCUGGUUUGCAUCACCCUGGUCUCAGUGCACAGCCAGCUGUGGGGGCGGCGUCCAGACGAGGUCCGUGCAGUGCCUGGCGGCCGGCCGGCCAGCCUCGGGCUGCUUCUCCCACCAGAAGCCCACAGCCUCCCAGGCCUGCAACACCCGCUUCUGCCCCAUCCCAGGGAAGAAAGGUGCCUUCUGCAAAGACCACUUCCCCUGGUGCUACUUGGUGCCCCAACACAGGCUGUGCAGCCACAGGUUCUACGGCAAACAGUGCUGUGAGGCGUGCUCCUCCUCCAACCUGUGAGCCGGGCCCACCCCCGCAGAGAAAUCUCAGCCGGAUGGGCUGUGCGGCCUGCUCUGGAAGCCAGGAGCCAGCCGAGGAGGCGGGGUUGCGUUGUCUGACCCGGAGGAGUGCCGGCGCUUGGCUGCGAGCCUGGGUG